CAGUGGCCGUCUGCAGUACCUAGUCUGAGCAGGCUACAUGAGUAACUUAUAGAGAAUGCCAAGCCACGGAAUCGGUAUCGGAAAGUAUGUCGGCGCUUGCCAUAUUCUGAUAACAUAACGCAUUCGAAGCCCCAAGCAUCAUGUUCUACUUUACAUCUUCUCGAGAAUAGCUGCAAUAGCUGCUUAUGUACCACUACCAUGCAUUGCCUCUGAGUCGCUGCAUCGCUCUACGACGCUUGCUAUUGAGUUCUGAUCCAUCACGAAGUUCACGAAGGGCUAUGUCAACUGUACUGCAAUGGAUCCGUGGCCUCUUGCGGCAACUCUUGUCUUCAAAGCUAGUACGACUUUCUCUGCACGGCCUCAUGCGGCUCUGGUUCUUUCUGAAGGGUUGCUAUGCACGGGUAUAUCGUGAUAUGCCGCCAGGGAGAGACGGAGAGGGAGGAGGAGGGCAGCGGCUGUCGUUCGACACCAGGUCCGGUGAGAGUGUUGUCUAUGCAAGCAGGGAGCCUACCACGUACCCUGCUGGCUAUCUGGAGCAGGCACGGCACUCGAUGUACCUCAGCGCAGACGGUAGUCGCCCCAACAGUCGGCCAGGGAGCCGACCAACGUCCGCCGUAUACCCGCACUCGCAGAGAGAUAGUGAAGAGGACAACCAAUACCCCAUCUCUGUUCAAACAGCCUCUCAGCAAUCGCUCAAUGGGUCUCAGGUAUCGUUCACCUCUCAGCCUCAUCGCCCACGGGCGAGUAUAUACGGCGACCAUCUUGCAGCACCCACGUCUCGUCCAUCUUCUCGCGCCUCUGUGCGCGCCACAGACCAUCGUCUCUCCCGGAUGGUCACAGCAGCGGACGCGCACCAUCGGCGAGGCAGAUCCAGGUCACGAGCACCGGAACAGAAACGCACUCCUGCGAGUUCGCGAGCGCGCCCCGACUCUGUGGUCUCCGUGCACGGAGACAGGGCUUCCGUGUACAGCAGGUCAAAUCGGGCGUCUCCGGUCAGGCCGCCUCAGCUGCCCGGUACGCGCCUUCGGAGGUCCCAGAAAAUGUAUCCCGCACUCGCGACACACAGAUAUGACAAAGGAAUCAAACUUCAGGAACGCCCCUUCGAGUAUGUUGUGCAGCCUAUGCAGACAUCCUACCCCUUAGAAGAUGUACCUGUCGAAUGGGUAGCUCAUACACACCCUGAAGGCUGUUUAUACUUUUAUAACAGAGCCCGAAGAACAUACACUGAAGCGUGGCUAUGCGAUCCCGAAAUCCUGGAAGAGAUCGAGGACUUCGCAGUGAGGCUUGAGGAGCUAGUGCGGAGCUUGGAGUUCACACUGCCCCCGGACGCAGAACUCGUCCUCGAACUGGAACGGAUACCAGCCCAUGCGCCAUCGCACGAUGAUCUGGAGUCAGGCAAGCCUAGCAAGCAUUACUGGACAUACUACUACGUCGACCACGCCGAGCGGGUGCUGUUCUGGAUCCACCCAUAUUCAGUCUCGGACGAGCUCGAACAACUCAGAGGGUUCCACUCUCCGUCACAUAUCAAACACGGAAUAGAAGAAUACUACUGGAAACACUGGGAGUACUUCCCCGUCUAUCAAACAGUCACCGAUACGCUGAGAGAAGAAGUACUAAGUAUACUCGUGUACAGGAACGUCGACCAGUUAACGUCGGCGGCAUCUACGGUGGGUAUGAAACCCGAUGAUCUUCAAAAGUUGGCAUCUGUGAUCAAAUCGGCCAAAGGACUCUCCGCAAAUCAGUACAUUGCGUGUGCUAUUGGACGUCUCAUGUGCCUUUUCGCGCAUGACCGAUAUCAUUACUAUUACGGACAAAAGGUUGCUCGUCUCGAUCGGUACGAGAGUUUAUUCGACGACAGCCGGGGAAAGCGAACAGCUCUUGCUGCUUUACUGUCACCGGUCCUGUUCAACGCACCCGAGGUCCACUUGCGGUCGCUGGAGAGAAUAUGGAUCGAUCAGAUCAUCAACGAGAUACCUUGGACGCAAUUUAUCCACAAGCUCCAGACGGACUGGCAGGAAGCCGUACUCACGGCGACGGUGUUGCUCAACGCCAACAUAUCAUUCAUGACAAUCAAUGACGUCGACAGUGGCAAUGGGCCUAGGACUCCGGCGCAGAUUGCAAGUUUCGUGUCCACCAUUGCUAGUAUCGCUGCCACAGUGAUCGGAAUGUUGUUGGUCCGCCAGUACCGAGUCAAGCCCAAGGAGACAGCGACGGAUGCCGUGACAUAUCUGACCAGCCGGAGACAUCCUAAGCUCGGAUUGGAGACACUGGCCAUCAUGUAUAGCUUGCCUUAUGCGCUUCUCAUGUGGGCGGUGGUCACGUUCCUGGUUGCCUUCGCGCUAGAAUGUUUCCACGUCCGCGACAUACCAACUAUCACCGUGACUGCGACGACGUGGGGCCUUGCAGCGAUGCUGCUCGUCCUGUGCCUCUACACGAUCUGGGAGGGCGGCGACAUCUCCAUACAUCAAUGGCUGCGCGACGCCUGGAAGACCGCGUGUGAGCGCGUGCGGAGCGUCUUUCGCGUUACACGGGAAAAGGAGGACGAAGAGGAAAGGGCCAACCCUACAUCGGGACCUUCGAGCGAUACUGCUGCGCUAGAGAUGAUGAUGGAAGAAUGCUGAUGCCAUGAUGCGCGGGCGUACUCGGACACUGCUUGCCUGAGGUCGGGCGGCGAUCGUGACCACUGACAUCGCCUUCGCCUUCGGAAGCUACGAUGCGUCCUAUGGCUACGGAUUAUUUAGAGCACCUUGCUUUAUGUUGGUGUUGGAACAUGAGGAGUUUGGAUCUAUGAAUGGAAUCACGACCAUUAUCACACAC